AAAACUCUUGAAUCUACUAGGCUUGUUAUUAUCCACGACCCACAGAACAAAGCUGUGCUAGUAAUGUCUUACGCUUGUUUUUAAUAUUUUACUUUUUAUACGGCAGAGUGUCAAUACAGCUUUAGUUCAUCAGGAAGUGACGGGAAGUGACGGUGGGCGUCCCGAGCAGGAGAGCUAGGCUCAGUGCUAGCUGUGAGUUUGGAGAGAGUUGGGAAGUGUGUUUAUGUUGGCGUGGAUGUAAAGUCCUGCAGUGUUCUCCGCUGUUAAUAAAGCCAUUAAAGUGCAUCGCCGACGUGAGUCUCUCCUUCCCCACAACAAGCGGCAUUACAGUAUUGACCAGUGCACACCAGGAAAUAAACGGUGUCAUUUCUUACAGGCAUUGGCUGGACAGCUAUGUAGUGGGGCUUGUUUAACCUUUGCCUUGUGGGCAAGCAGGAAGGAGAGACGAUGCUGAGAGAUGUGUGUGUGUUCUGAGCUCCAUUCUGGUGGCCGCGUUCAAUAAAUAAAGUUGGCAGAAGCAACAGGAGAAGUUUCCUUGUUUGCUUCGGAGCUGAAUAACACUGACAAGUUAACAGACUAGUAGUGAACGGAAAAGAAGACGGCUUUGUUUGUGUCGAAUACAGAAGAUGAGGACUUUGAUGGAUUUGUGGAUGACGAUUGAUGAAAAAUAACACAUCCAGCAAGUGAUUAGUCGUCAAGAAGAAUGUCCCUCUUAGCCACAGGGUGGGAGCUCCACUUUGAAGCAGAUGAAGCCGCCCCAUGUUAAAGAGGAAGAGGAAGAGGAAGAACUCUCCAUCACUCAGGAGGGAGAGCAUCUUCUAGGGCCAGAGGAGGCUGAUCUCACCAGGUUGCCACUGACUGGUGUCUCUGUGAAGACCGAAGACCCUGAAGACAAACCACCUGAGUCCUCACAGCUUCAUCAUAGUCCAAGUGAGGAGAUGAGAGACACUGAGCCACAGCCCCCCUAUGUUAAAGAGGAAGAGGCGGAGCCACAGCCCCCCUGUGUUAAAGAGGAAGAGGCAGAGCCACAGCCCCCCUAUGUUAAAGAGGAAGAGGAAGAACUCUCCAUCACCCAGGAGGGAGAGCAUCUUCUAGGGCCAGAGGAGGGUGAUCUCACCAGGUUGCCACUGACUGGUGUCUCUGUGAAGACCGAAGACCCUGAAGACAAACCACCUGAGUCCUCACAGCUUCAUCAUAGUCCAAGUGAGGAGAUGAGAGACACUGAGCCACAGCCCCCCUAUGUUAAAGAGGAAGAGGCGGAGCCACAGCCCCCCUGUGUUAAAGAGGAAGAGGCAGAGCCACAGCCCCCCUAUGUUAAAGAGGAAGAGGAAGAACUCUCCAUCACCCAGGAGGGAGAGCAUCUUCUAGGGCCAGAGGAGGGUGAUCUCACCAGGUUGCCACUGACUGGUGUCUCUGUGAAGACCGAAGACCCUGAAGACAAACCACCUGAGUCCUCACAGUUUCAUCAUAGUCCAAGUGAGGAGACGAGAGAGGCGGAGCCACAGCCCCCCUAUGUUAAAGAGGACAAGGAUGAAGAGGAGCCACAGCUGGGUGGGCUGUCACUCCUCCUCCUGCUUGAUGUGGGUGACAUGAAAGAGGAAGAGGAGGAGCCGCAGCCCCCCUAUGUUAAAGAGGAAGAAGAACUCUCCAUCACUCAGGGGGCAGAGCAUCUUCUAGGGCCAGAGGAGGCUGAUCACGCCAGGUUGCCACUGACUGGUGUCUCUGUGAAGACCGAAGACCCUGAAGACAAACCACCUGAGUCCUCACAGCUUCAUCAUAGUCCAAGUGAGGAGAUGAGAGAGGCGGAGCCUUCAUGCAGCAGCUCACUGCAACACAUGACAACAGAAGCUGAUGGAGACCACUGUGGAGGAUCACAAGCAGACAACCUCUUAGCUCCACUGUCAGAUAGUGACGACACAACGUCACACUCUCCUGAAGGUGAAGACAGCGACUUCACCCAAGAAUCUCUGAGCAGCGAUACAGACUGUGAAGGUGAUAUGAUGACUCACACUGGCAACAAACACUCUGAAAGCUCUAAAAAGAAGACAGGUAAACGUUUUAACUGCUCAGUUUGUGAUAAAAGAUUUUCUCGUAACGGUAAUUUGGUUCAACACAUGAAAACGCACACAGGAGAAAAACCUUUCAGUUGCUCACACUGUGGUAAAAACUUCACUUUAAAGGCAAACAUGAAAAGUCACAUGAGAACACACACAGGAGAAAAACCUUUCAGCUGCUCAGACUGUGGUAAAGGCUUCAGUCAAAAGUCAGCCAUGGGAUUACACAUGAGAACACACACGGGAGAAAAACCUUUUAGAUGCUCAAACUGCGGUAAAGGCUUCACUUUAAAGGCAACCAUGCAAAGUCACAUGAGAACGCACACAGGAGAAAAACCUUUUAGCUGCUCAGACUGUGGUAAACGCUUCAGUCAAAAAACACACAUGCGAUUACAUAUGAGAACGCACACAGGAGAAAAACCUUUUAGUUGCUCAAACUGUGGUAAAGGCUUCGCAUUAAAGGCAAACAUGCAAAAUCACAUGAGAACGCACACAGGAGAAAAGCCUUUUACUUGCUCAGACUGUGGUAAGCGCUUCACUUUAAAGGCAAACAUGCAAUUACACAUGAGAACACACAGGAGAAAAACCUUUCAGUCGCUCAGCCUCUUAAAAGUUUCACUCUCAAAGUAAAUGUGCUGUCACGUGAGGACUCACACGGGAAAAACCUUUUAGUUGCUCAAAUUGUGGUGACACAUUUUCUUGGAGGUCCCCUUUGAUAAAACACAUGCAGAGUCACCGAUGGUCGACUUUGACUUCCAUGCAGUCACUGUGUUGCUACUGUGUUGUAAUAUUCUUUGCAUGUGUCUUUGUCCAAUAAAUACAUCUUGUUUUUAUUCAUGUGUAAAAGAAAGACACGGUGACUGCAGUGGUUUCAUUUGUAGUUAAAGGUGUUUUAUUUGACUGUAUGCUGUCAUCACUAAAUGCUGUAACUGAUGAAGUCACUUCCUGUUCCAUUACUUCCUGAUUGGGUCUGGAAAGUAGUGAUUUGAUUCCUUUUACUGACUUGACUUCUGAUGAUUCACUCAUUGGGGUACGGACCGCUUUGAGGAGGGCUUAUCUUAUUCUGCACUAUUGAUUUGCUAAUGCUCAAACAAUUGUAUGUCAUAAAAGGGAAUCAUGAAAAUAUUUUGUUGUG